CUCCGCGCCUGCGCCGCGCACCUCAGGGGCCCGCCGGGAGGGCGGGGAGGUGACGAGCAUGUAAGGACACAGUAAGAAGACUUGUCUGUGAACCAGCAAGUAAUCUGUCAUUUGACACAAAUCUUCCAGCACCUUCAUUUUGGACUUUCCAACAUCUGAAACGGUAGGGUCCAACUCACUAUGCCAAUGAAGAUCGAAAGUUUACUCUCCAGAGUUGAUUCAGACACUGGAUUGGGGAAGAAGAGGAAUAGUGAAGAGAAGGCAGUUCCCACUGAGGAUGCGAACUGAGGGAACAUUUGCAUGAUUAAUGAUCUACCUCAAUCUGCAAGCCUCCUGUAAUGGGGGAGUAGACCCCACAUCCUUCGUUGAUCUUGAAGAAACUGAUCUGUGAGAUUUGAGUUCACCUGAUCUGUUAAAAAAGGAACACAAAUGCACCUAGAGGACCCCUUUCUCUCGACCAAGCCUGGCUUUCAAAAUAGACAGCCUUUUCUUCCGGGAGGAAGAGAAAUACAGAGCAAAAUGAUGGCGACCUACUGGACAUGCACAGGAAGUGGCCGUCCAGUGCUGGAGAGGACCGCGCCCUGCUGCUAGGAUUUGCAAUGAUGGGCUUCUCAGUCCUAAUGUUCUUCCUGCUUGGAAUAACCAUCCUAAAACCUUUCAUGCUCAGCACUCAGAGAGAAGAAUCAAACUGCACUAUCAUCUACACACAGAUCAUGGAUGAGUGGAUGGCCUGUGCCUUCACCUGUGGUGUGGACUGCAGAGGUCAGGGCAAGUACCCGUGUCUUCAGGUGUUUGUGAAUCUUACCCAUUCAGGUCAGAAAGUUCUCCUACAUUAUAAUGAAGAGGCUGUGCAGAUAAACAGCAAGUGCUUUUACACACCUAAAUGCCACCGAGAUAGGAAGGAUUUGCUCAACAGUGCUCUGGACAUAAAGGAAUUCUUCGAUCACAAAAAUGGGACCCCCUUUUCAUGCUUCUACAGCCCAGACAGACAACCUGAAGAUGUCAUUCUCAUAAAAAAGUACGACCAAAUGGUUAUCUUCCACUGUUUAUUUUGGCCUUCACUGACUCUGCUAGGUGGCGCUCUGAUUGUUGGCAUGGUGAGAUUAACACAGUAUCUGUCCCUACUGUGUGAGAAAUAUAGCUCUGCACACAGAGAUGAGGUAGGUGGCAAAGUAUCCUAUAUGGAACAACAUCAACUCAAACUGUUGAAUGUGGGGAGGAGCAAAGGAAAGAGCAGAGAAGUCCUUAAGUGGUGGCCAAACUAAAGUCCUGGCCUUCAGAUACCUGCAAUUCUGCACCGGAGGUCCUAAUUAUGCCUGAUUACAAACUAACCAUGUAGAGGCAAUUAAAAUUAAGUAUGAUAUUUCAUGUAGAAAGAAAAAUUCUUAAAAGCCCUAUUAUACAUUCUAUUUAUUCUGUAAUGAGAUACAAAUUCACCAUCUUUUCUACUCUCUCAAUAUUUUUUUUUUCCUGGUUCAAAUGAGACUUCAAUUUAUUUAUUUGUUUUUUUUAAAUUGAAGCAAUAUUUGUUUACAAUGCUGUAUAUGAUUUAGAGGUACAGGUUCACAUCUUUUAGGUGUAUGUUACCGACCACACCCACCACCAAGGCACUCACAGUCCUCCACUGUUUCCAUAAGAACCAAGGAAAUACUUUUUAUUUUCACAUGACAGAGGGGGCUCAAGGUAGUUGCAUUUUAUCUAAUUUCAGCUAUCGCUAGAAGUUGUCAAUGUGGAAAUAAAUGAGGUUAUCUAAACCUGAACACUGAUCUGCCUAGUUCUAUGCAAUUUGAUAGUUUGCAUUAAAAUGUUUCUCAGAAAAAUCCUUAGUGAAGAACAAAACCAUCCAUUCAUUAUAGGAAGAUAAUGAUCUGGUAAUUUUAGAAAAUGUGGGUCUAACAUUUUCCUUUAUAAUUGAUGAUAAAGGAAAAAAGCUGCUGCCUAGAAAAUUCACUAAGUUGAGAGCUAUUUGUGCUUAACCUUGUCAUGUUCCAUGUAAUUUUUCUUUCAGCAACAUUUUUUGUUUAAUUAUGCUUUCUGUAAGCUCAUUUUAUUCUUUGUGUACAUUCUGGUGGGGGUGGGAGAGAUGACUAGAAAUGUGUUUUGAAGUACAGGGAGUUGCUGUUGGAAUUGUUGGAAUUCAACAUUCUUCUCAGAUAAUCCACAGUGUAGGAAGUUAACAAUAGUUAGUACUUUAAUCAGUUGAUCAUGGUUAUUAAAUAAUCAAAGAUUAUCCCAAGAAGUGCUUUCCAGAUUAAUUAUGCUGAAGAUAGGAUUUGAAAAUAGCUUCUUCUGAAAGCCAAUGUGCCUCAAAUUAUCCUAAAAUUUUGCUAAAAAAUACAUCCUGCACAACAGACUCUGACUUUUGAAGCAACUUUUAUAUGUAAUCAAACCAGAAACUUUGAUUCUAAGUCAAUUUCCUUUUAUGAAUUAAACUCAAGUCACAAACUACCAAAUAGUUUGAAUAAAAUUCAAUAGAUGACAUUGAUUUGACCAGUAAUGAACAAUUUUGGUGUUUUCUUUCUAGUGUGGAAUAUUUGAGAGAACAUGUGUCUCAGGGUAGGAUUUGUUUGAAUUUGUAGCUAUUAAUUACAACUUUAAAGGUAUAUAGCCUCAGGCAAUUCAGUUGAAUUCUUUGCACCUCUCUCUUCACAUCUAUAAAAUGGAGAUAAGCUCUUCUUUUGUGGUGUUAAUUUAAGGAGUGGACAAGGUAGAGUGAGACACUUGGCUUAAUAGUUCCUGGCACCUGAUUGAAUGGUGAAAAAGGUUAGUAGAUAAAAACAUCUUCUGUGAAAUUUUGAUAUUUUGUCAAAUUUAUCCCUCUUAUAGAUACAUACCCAAAGAAAAUGAAAUCAGUACCCGUAAGAGAUAGCUGCAGUCCCCUGCUUACUGCAACAAUAACCAAAUCCACAUACAGUGGAUUAUCGCUCAGCUUUAAAAAAGGAGACCUGCCAUUUGCAGCAACAUGGAUGAACUAAGGGCUUUACAUUAAAUACAGCCAGGCACAGAAAGGAAAAAUACUGCAUUUCGCCUAUAGGUAGCAUCAAAAAAAGACAAAUAGAAGCAAAUGGUGGUUACCAGAGAUGGGGAGGUGGGAGAAUUGGGGAGAUGUUAGCUAAAGGUUACAAGCUUUCAGUUAUAUGAUAAAUAGAGACUUACUGUACAGCUUAGUGACUAUAGUCAAUAAUACUGUACCGAAUACUAGAGCUCUGCCAGCUCUCAUCUCAUGCACAGAGUGACUGUGAGAUGCCAUGUUAAUUAGCUUGACUGUUGUAAUCAUUCAUUUUGUAUAUGGAUAUUGUACAUCAAAUCAUCAUACAUACACCUUAAAUAUAUGCAAUUCUUAUUAAAAUAUACACAAUGGUGUAUUUUUUUUACACAUGGUGUAAAAAAUAAAUCAGUGAGCCUUGGGUACCAUAUCAAAUCAUUCUGCAAAUUGAAUUUCUGUAGUUUUCUUAAAUUAAGGACACCUCUCUGUUCUAUUUUUAGUAAGUCUGACACCCCUUUAACAAUAGACAAUUCUUGGGACUCUUCUAACAAAUUAAAAACCAUUAAUUUGAACCCUAAAGUGUGUGAAUUUGGAUCAAUAAACAAAAUUUAAGCAAUUUGGUCAAUAAAUAAAAUGUAAGCAAUUAUUUCAUGCUAAUUGCUUAGAAGUGCAAAGUAGUGAUGCCCAUGUACAUAUCCGGUCAAAGAAAAAUCCAGGCUUCCCUUUUGCAAGGUUUGCAAGUGAAAGCAAAACCAAUUUGCUUCUAACCUAACUUUACUUUCAGCUUUUGGUCUUCAAUUGACUGAAAAGAUACCCAUCCCACAUAUAAAGACAUUGAUACAUGUACAUGUACACAUAUAUUUCUGCUUAAAAUACAAGCAUAUAAUUCUUUGUGCAUAAAGGAAGUUAAUAUUUAAACAGAUAUUUCUCUAAUCAUCACUUUACUGGGGCAGAAAAAUUGGUUUUUAAGACAUCAUCAUAGUUUCAGGUUUUCAAUAAUUAUUCUUAGUCAUUAUUGAUAAGAACUCCAAUUCAGCUAAAAUUUGACUAUUAGUCACACAGGUUUGCUUGUAAGUAUUCAAAAUAAAUGGCAACAUAUAAUGAUCGCAACUUUUUGUUUGUUUAAAAUAUAUAGUGCGCUAAGGAUUGUU